CUCCCCUCCGAGAUUGCAAAAGAUCAUUCACACACUUUUGUUUUUCUCUCAAACUUUUUAUUUAUCUGCCCUUCAAUUAAGACACUGGAAUCUCCGCUGGGGAAAGAUUUGUUGUUCACUAAUUCUUGAGUGACAUCAGAAACAGUGGAAUAGCAGGCAGCACACCUUAUGCCGUAGAACUGACCAUUAAGAAAUGCAUUAAAUAUUGAUAGAUGGGGCCACGUUCCUCUCUCAUCCACUCUGCCACUGAGAAAACUCCGCCGUUACUAGGAUUUUUUGCAUGAGAAUGUAAACUUCUGACCUGAACAUUUGUUACUGAAAUAUCAUCAAGAAAAAGCACAUGGAAAAUAGUAGCAAAUAUUUAUUGAGCAUUUGGAAAGAAGAUUUGCAAAGGAUUAUACAUUCAGAGCAGGAAAUGAGGCAGGAAAUGUAUAGUAUGGAUGGCAGCAAUGCCUUCUUCCCCACACCUUUCUGCUGGCCAGUGGGCUUCAAUCCUGAUAAAGGGAAGACCUGCCAUAUUUUUUAUAGCACAAAAAAACUGAGCUACUAGACCCUGUGUGAUGGAGAAAACAGUAGAAGGAAAUCAAACGGCCCUCACAGAGUUCAUCUUGCUUGGACUGGGGGAACUUCCUGGGAUGUACAUCUUUCUGUUUGUGAUCUUUUUAGCUAUUUACACAGUGACUCUGGUUGGCAACAUGCUCAUAUUGGUCACUGUCUCAUGUGACCGGAACCUGCACACCCCCAUGUACUUCUUUUUAGGGAAUUUCUCAUUCCUGGAAAUAUGGUAUACAACAUCCACCAGCCCCAAGAUGCUGAGAACUUUCCUCACAGCACAUGAAGCGAUCCCUUUCUGGGGCUGCAUUGCCCAGUUCUAUUUCUUUGGAUCUAUGGCUGUCACAGAAUGCUUCCUCCUGGCAAUGAUGUCUUAUGAUCGAUUCUUAGCCAUCAGCAAUCCACUCCGCUACACAGCCAUUAUGAACUUUAAAGUUUGCAUGCAGUUAGCAGCAGGGUGUUGGAUAAGUGGUUUCUUGGCUCCAAUACCAACUAUAGUUCUUACCUCCAGGUUACCAUUUUGCACUGCCAAUAAGAUAGACCAUUUCUUCUGUGACUUAGCACCAGUCAUGAAAGUCUCCUGUGGUGACACCCAUGUGGUCAAGGAAAUCACUUUUAUGCUGGCUUCUGUUGUGACUAUGGUCCCAUUUUUACUGACCAUAGCAUCCUAUGUUAAAAUUCUCUCCACCAUCCUCAAAAUCCCUUCCACCCAGGGCAAGAAAAAGGCCUUCUCCACCUGCUCCUCCCAUCUCAUCGUGGUGACAUUAUUCUAUGGGACCCUAAUCUUUGUUUAUGCAGCUCCCACAGCCAGUCAGUCAGCAACCCUAAAUAAAAUGUUUUCCCUCUUAUACACCGUGGCCACCCCUAUGGUAAACCCAAUUAUAUAUAGUCUGCGGAACAAGGAGGUCAAGGAUUCCCUGAGGAAACUUAUAACUAAAUGGUCUAAUCAUUCCCUUCCAUCACUGGCCAUGCGCAAAGACAAGAUUCAUCAUGGAAAUCCAUAACAAUACCAGCAAUGCUGUCAUCACCUUAAAAAUACCAAAAGACCUGGAUCUUGAGUCUUUAUUCACUCAUUCCUUGUCCGUGAGCACAAGCUUGGGAAUAAAUUGAUGUAGCCCUACAACGCCCACCCGGUUCCACCACCAAUGUGGACACAUGAUCAUAUUAAUUCAUACUGCAAUGAUGAGCAAUGAGGAAGAAAGAGACAGAUCGAUGGAUGGAUUGAUAGAUAAGCAGAGAUAGACAGAUAGAAGGUAUUCUGAAUGAAUGGAGAACUGAUUAGCUAGAGACUGGUGCCCAUGCCAAUGGGAGGAACUGAGCUACACGCGUUAUGGUGAUGGUGGAUUUCUUGUGGGCUCUCCAUCUAGCUUGCUUCUUCAGCCUUUUGGCUAGGGAGAGGUGAGAUUAGGAAGCAUCUGAACUCCAAGGGUACCAAGCUUAGGGCUUGCAUGUAGGAUGCCCGCCAUGGAUUUGGGAGUAUCUGAAGUCCCAGGGUGAAGAGUCUGGGAGGUAGGAUACUUGCUGUUGUUAGUGCCACACAAACUUGAAUGAUUGAUCAUGGGAUUCAGAAUAAAUUUGUUUGAUUUGGGCCAAGACACAGCAUUUCAAAAAAGUUCCAUUGGUAUAUUGGCCCAAUGUUGGCCAUGUGUUUUAUUGUUGUGCUCAAUGUUGGCUACAUUUAAUCAGCUUCAGAGCUGGUUUCCAUUGCUGAGCACAUGCUGCUUUUGGCAGCAAUUAAAUGGUAGACACUAGACAGUGUAUUUAGUGAGUUUUCCUUGUAUGCAAUCAUAAGAUGAGGGGGGUUUUCCCCCAUGCCAAUGUGUAGGGACCUCAUUUUGGAAUGAAGUAAAUAAUGGUACCCUUUCUUGAAAAAUGACUUUAUUCUUCAUGGGCAGUGAAAGAAUUUGACUUACUUACCUGAAUACAAUUGUUCCUGACUUCCAUUAAGAAAAAGAAGAGAAGAACAUGCUCCUUGGGCCCCCACUACACAUUACAGGUAUUGCAAAAUUAACUGGUUAAUUGUGCAAUUACCUAGAGACAAGCUACAUGUGCAAA